GGACGGGGUCCUCGUAGUCUGCAUUUUGAAACCAUCGCGGUGAGAAGACACCUAGCAACAGUAGCCGGGGAGGUGGAGGUGGGCAUGGUACAAUUAGAAAAAAAUGAUAAUAUUUUCAACUAGCAGUGUUUACUGUUGUGUGAACGGGAGCUGAAGCAUGGAGGCCGUUCUGACCAGGCUGAGGGGGCUAAGUGACGAUGAACUGCGCUCGGAGUUUGGCCGAGCAGGCCUCAACUGUGCCCCUGUUACACCUACCACCCGAGCCAUCUUAGAGAGGAAGUUAGCCCGUGUCCUGGCCGGACCAGAGAGCAGUGCGUCUGAAACGGACAGCGGCUCUUCAACAGGCACCAAGGGUUGUGCGGACGAUCAUGCCAAACCUCCGUCCUGUGCCUCCCCAGCAGGUGCACCCACCAGUGCUGCAACAAGCAGCAGCACUUCAGAGGCUCCUGGAGAAGAGUUAGACUUUGGCUACGGUGUUGGUCUCAACCCUCCAGAGGAAGAGGAGAUCUCAAAGACAACCUCAAAAGGCUCCACUUGUGGUGCCAACUCUCAGUACAAAACAGAAACUCCUUCAAAGCCAGCACAAGUAUCCCCAUCCUGUUAUUAUGGAGUAUGUCCGCUGUGGGAGGAUGUUUUGGCUAGGACUGAGGGAGCACAUGUAUACACAGAUAAGAAAGAUGCCCUCCAAGCUGUAAAGAUGAUGAAGGGAGCCCGAUUCAAAGCCUUUCCCAACCGUGAGGAUGCUGAGAGGUUUGCGAAGGGGAUCUGCGACUAUUACCCUUCUCCCAACAAAUCUACAUCCUGUGUGUCCCCUAUUAAACCAGGCCUGGUCCUUGGGAAAGACAACGUGGAGGUUGAUACCAUCAACAGGGAACGGGCCAACAGUUUUAAAAGCCCCCGUCCUCAGGACCUGACGGCCAAAUUAAGGAAAGCUGUGGAGAAGGGGGACGAGUUGGCCUUUAGCGAGCUGGUCUGGAGCAACCCACGCUAUCUUAUUGGCUCAGGGGAUAAUCCCACAGUUGUGCAGGAGGGCUGCCGGUACAAUGUCAUGCACGUGGCGGCCAAAGAGAACCAGGCAGGCAUUGCUCAGCUGCUGCUGGACACCUUGGAGAACCCAGAGUUUAUGCGCCUCAUGUACCCAGAUGACCAGGAAGUGAUGCUGCAGAAACGUAUCCGCUACAUUGUAGAUCUUUACCUCAACACUCCGGAUAAGGCUGGCUUUGAAGCGCCGCUCCAUUUUGCCUGUAAGUUCGGGUGCCCAGAUGUGGUCAAUGUCCUGUGUUCGCAUCCUGACAUCGAUAAGAACUGCAAGAACAAGGAUGGCCAGAAGCCUUGUGAUGUUAUUUGUAGCAGAAAAAAUAAAACCCAGGAUGUGAAACAGAAGAUUAGUGAAUACUUGGAAGACCGCUGCUACAUCCCUUUGCUGAGAGCAACCGACAACACCUCUCAGCCGAUCAUUGGUGCUGCUUGGUCACCUGAGUCCUCAGAAACUCUGUCGCUGAUCCAACGGCACACAAGAAGCCCCAUGGAUCCUAUGAUGACCGUCACCGCCUUUGCCGGCCCGCUCAGCCCUUCUAAAGCUGAUGAUUUCCGUCGGUCCUGGAAGACACCGCCGAGAGAACGGGCGGAUGUCUUCCACCACAUUCUGAAGUCUGAUCCUGACCGUGGGGCAGAGAGAGUGGGAAGAGACCUGGCUCAUGAGAUGGGCCACCCCUGGGCAGAGUACUGGGACUUCCUGGACUGUUUUGUGGAUCUGUCAUCGGCUGAGGGGCUCCACAAGCUAGAAGAGUACCUGAGCAAGAAGGAUUUCAACCCUCGGGCUCACGAGGAGGGAGAGAAUGAGACCAGCAACAGGUUUAAAACUCCCUCUCCAGGCAAGCCCAAAAAGUUCUGCAACUCGAUUUCAGUUGGUGCCUUCCUGGACGAGGGGGACGAUAUCAGCCUCGAGGAGAUGAAGAACCGGCAGAACGCCGCUCUCACCAGCAUUACCUCCUCUGCCGCGUCCAAGGACGUCUUGAAGGGAGCCGUGGGCGGCUGCGAGUUCCACAUCGCCCUCCACCACCGCGGGGCCGACCUGAUCGAGACGGCAGCGGAGCAGGACCUGCUCUGCUGCUGCAAAGAUGGUCUCCUGUCAUCUGGUGUCGUCUGCAAAAACGGGGUGUGCUCCUCCUCUAGAGAUAGGACUCACAACGGAGACAAAGUGUCUCCACGCACCUCCCCGUCCUCCUCCUGCAUGCUGUCACCCGUCUCCAAUCUCAUGGCCGAGUUUGAGCGGAUCUCGAUGCAAGGGCUUCUGGACAGUCCCACCAGCUGCAGGGAGAGAAGGAGCAGCGGUGGGAACCGGCACAGGGAGGUCCAGGAUUCCUAUAGCUCCUUGUCAGCCACUGACCUGACCUCUGGACUGGACAGCUUGUCUCACGGUCCCGGCGGUCAGGACGCUGACACGGUGGAUGGGUUGAGCUGGAGAACAGAGGGAGAAGUUACGGAGGAAAGGCGCAGUAGUGGCAGCUCAGAGGAGUAUUUUGAUACAGAGGAGAGUCUGGAGGUACUAGGUAGGACUAGAGGGUCCAUGUCAGAAGUGCGGAAUUUCUGCGCCAGGUCCAAGUCAUGGGACCACGGGGGCAGGGACCUGAGCAGCUCAGGGUCCUCUGGGUCUUCCUAUAAGUCCUUAGAUAACUCUCACGACUUCCUACCCAGGACCCCACCGCACAUUCGAAGAGGACUUUUUAUUGACGGGGAUUCGCCAACCAAGUUGGACAAAGAGGUCUUGUCAGCAAUAAACGGCAUUGACAUAGAUCCCCUGAAGUUCCCCAGUAUUCAGAAGUGGAAGAGCACAAUAAAGUCGUAUUCUGUGACAGACAUUCAGAGUUGGUCUAGCCCUGCUACGGUAAAACCACGACUCAGGAUGCAGCAUCAGUCUCCCAGCUCCCCCAUCAGCGGCCUGAUGUCCCCCACUGGUCGCUUCAGUCCCGGCCGGCACGCCGCCUCACCGGACUUCAGCCCGAGCCGUUACAGCCCUGCCAAUGUUAGCUACAUCCAGCGCAUCCGCCUCAAGCACUUGAACGAGCCAUCGGUUUAACUCCCCCCUUCCUCCUCCUGCACCUACACUGCGGCCAUAUCCUCUCCAUGCCCCGCUUUCCCUUCCUACUUCAACUUUUUUGAAUAUUGUGCACACGAGCCACAUUUCCCAAAGUUAGUUGUUCACUAAAACCUUGUGUGGAGUCCUCAACAGGAUUCCGUCACUGACGAUGUUCUUUGAAAAAAAGUAAAAUGUCGAUAUUUUAAAAAUUAUUUUUUGUAUGUUGGUCAGUAGCACAAAAAUUAAAUGUUUUUAUUAAUGGUGUUAAAACCGACUGCCAUUUCUUAUGUUUUUCCUCAGUUCAGGAAUUGCCUUAAUUUUCUGAAGUGAUGGACCAGAGUCAGUUUGGACACACUCUAUAGGUAAUACAUAAAAGAUCGGGAAAUCGCGACCUCGUUGGCUGCGUCAUUUACAAACCAAUCUUACAUGUUUUUAUUUUGUUCUUCAAUAAAUGCAUCCACUUUC